CCAGAACAGCAGGUGGCAGUAGUGCAGCGGUUCUGAUGUCAAACUGCCGCUAAACCCCCUGAAGCAGCGGCAGCAGAAGCUCGGGCGCUGAACACAGACACACAGAAGAUGGAGAGUGUGAAUAAAGCGGGUCAGCUCAUGAGUCUGGCGGCUCUGCAGCACUAUGACCCCUACAUCACCACACUGCUGGACGUCACCGGACAGGUCGCGCUCUACACCUUCAACUCCAAAGCCAACGAGUGGGAGAAGACUGAGAUUGAAGGCACGUUAUUUGUUUACGCCAGGUCGGCUUCCCCUCAUCAUGGCUUCACGAUUAUGAACCGUCUGAGUACAGAGAAUCUGGUGGAGCCGAUCAAUAAGGACCUGGAGUUCCAGCUGCAGGACCCGUUUCUGCUGUACAGGAACGGCAACUUGGGCAUCUACAGCAUCUGGUUCUACGAUAAGGCCGACUGCCAGCGGAUCGCGCAGCUCAUGCUACAGAUAGUGAAACAGGAGGCGUUGCGAGCGCAGCGCGUGUCACCCGACGGAGGCUCGAGCGGCAGGACGAACGGGUGUGUUCAGACCAAACCCACAGACAUCCUGGAGCUGCUCAGCAGGGCGAAAGAGGAGUAUCAGAGGAGUCAGUCGACAGAGAGGGAUGUUGAGGUGAGCUGUGAAUCUGUGCCGUCACAGGAGAAGAGAGACGACGUCACGGCAGCUCAGCAGGAGAAGUCGAGUCACUCAGUAGUGAAGCAGAUCACAGUGGAAGAGCUUUUUGGCAGCUCUUUGCCCAAAGAACCGGCCCAGACAAACUCGGCUGCGGGAGAAGGCAUGCGUGGACUGGCGUACGGCCCUCCGCCCCGCUCCGUGGAGCCUCUGCUCACUCCUCGCCUCUCCUCGGAUCCAGGAGGCCCAGCGUUGGUCUCUCUUUUCCAGGGUUGCGGCAGCCGAGACCCAAGAACGGCCGCUUCAAAUGCGGAGGAGAGCGGCGGCAGGUCCGGCGCUCAGUCGACACGUCGUGGUUCGGCUGGUCCGCUUCCUCCUGCAUAUAUGAAUCCUCUCACAGAUGGUCAUGUGACAGCCAUGUCACUGCCAGGCUUCAUGCCCAGCCCUCUAGUCACGCCACAGAGCUUCAGAGAAUCUGGCUGCAAAGUUUCAGUGCCCUUUACAGGAAAGACUGCAGCGUCGGCACAGGCCAAUACGCCAAGCAAUAUUUUCAUGAGUAAAGAAGUGAACGCCUUUACACCGUCCCCGUCUCUGGUCAAAGCGGGGCCAGGUGUCCAGGGGGAGGAGUCUUCACUGCUACUGUCUCCAAGUGUAUUUCAGCACUCCAUUACCAAGACAACAGAGCCGCCCAAAAACCCCGCCUCCCCGACGUCCCCACCGCCCUUCCCCAGCGCAGACCUGUACAGCCGCAGCCAGCUGCAGGACACGCUCAUUCACCUCAUCAAGAAUGACGCUCAUUUCCUCAGCGUGAUCCACGAGGCAUACGUACAGAGCCUCUCUAAAGGCCUCAACAACAUCAAGCUAUAGCCGGAGCCGUCCUGGAUUCAUCCCAUCUGCCAAUCUCACUAUUUCAACCAGCUCAGUUAUGUUCCGUUAUGAAAAGGAAGGGACUUGUGCAAUAAGAAGCAUUGGAUAAUUGCUUUUCAUUUAUGAUGGUUGGAUAUGAUACAGUCUCCCAGUGUCAGUGUGCUUUACUGUUAAACCAGUAUGAUUGAUAAACCCUGAGUACUGGAUUGAAAUUCUCAGAUUUUGAAGACAUUCAGAGUAGGAUGUGCACUUAUUACUAAUUUACUUAUAAACCCGGUAGUUUAAUUUGAUGACGAAUGCAUAAAUUAAAGAUGAACAUUUCCCCCGUGAUGGCACAGUUGAUCCGUUGUACGUUCUGUGGUGAUGUUGCUUUUUUAAAUUGCAGACCGUAAUAUGAAAUAUUGGGAACUAAUCAUCUAGUUUAAGGCGUGAUUCUCAUGAUAGUUGUUGUCUGUCUCAACAGCAGAAGAGUUGUAGUCGUGUAGACGACAGGAUAAUCUAACAAGUGCAUUUAAUUUUAUCAUUAAAGGUAGAAUGAAAUUGUUCCUGUGUGCACUAACUAGUUCUUGGUUUGUUUGUUUGCUUGACAGGAAGUGUAUUUUUUAAUACGCACAAGGCUUAUGUACUUAUUGUGUUUACACUUACAAAUUGGGAAUUGCAUAAACUUAUUUUGUACAGUUUGCUUUUGAUUAUAGAGAAUUUUAAAACGGCACAAAUGAAAGUUGACAGUGUUGCUGCACGGCUGUACUCUUCACACGCAACGCUCUAAACAUGAAUUAAUAAGACCUUCUCUCCAGUGCAUCAGGAUUCUGUUACAGUGGCUCGUCUUUUGAGUUCAUGUGCAAAUAAACUAUUGCCAUAAUUUA